GAGGCAGGGAAGCACUUGGAAGCUGCAAGCAAGGCUUUACUCUGUCAGACGCACAGGCACAGACACUCAGCCGCAGCUCCAGCUGCAGUCCUCCUUGCUCGCUGUGCUGCAGCCUGCUGACGAGGCUAAGCAGCCACACUGCAGACCUCAGGACCCUCCCCAGCUCGGGCGAUCGACCUGGUGUCUUUCCUACUCUCCACGCCAGCCUGGCCUGCUGCCCCAGCCCCUGGCAUCCCGUCAGGCCGACUCUCCGGCUGCUUGGUGCCUGUGCUCGUCUUCUUUCUUACUAUCAACACUAGAUUGGAAGAAAGAGAAAGUUUAACAAAAUGCCGAUCGCACAGUUGAUGGAACUAUGGAAGAAGAUCGAGGUGGAACCCAUGGAGGUAGAGAACGCCGAGGAGGAACUCAGCCUGGACAUAGAGCCCACCCCAGAAGAUGCCACAGAAGAAGGCAAAGGUGACACGGCCCCCUCAGCUGAGGCGCAGCCAGCUUCAUCAUCGUCCGCAGAGGAAGAAGGCAUCGUGAAGGAGAUUGACAUUAGCAACCAUGUGAAGGAAGGCUUUGAGAAGGCAGACCCUUCCCAGUUCGAGCUCCUAAAGGUUUUAGGACAAGGGUCAUAUGGAAAGGUGUUCUUGGUGAGGAAGGUCACGGGAUCGGAUGCUGGGCAGCUCUACGCCAUGAAGGUCCUGAAGAAAGCCACCUUGAAAGUGAGGGACCGGGUCAGAUCCAAGAUGGAGAGAGACAUCCUGGCAGAAGUGAAUCACCCUUUCAUCGUCAAGCUGCAUUACGCCUUUCAGACGGAAGGCAAGCUCUACCUGAUCCUGGACUUCCUGCGGGGAGGGGACCUCUUCACCAGGCUUUCCAAAGAGGUCAUGUUCACUGAGGAGGAUGUGAAGUUCUACCUGGCCGAGUUAGCCUUGGCUCUGGACCACCUCCAUGGCCUGGGGAUCAUCUAUAGGGAUCUGAAGCCAGAGAAUAUCCUCCUGGAUGAAGAGGGACAUAUUAAGAUCACAGAUUUUGGCCUGAGCAAGGAGGCCAUCGACCAUGACAAGAGAGCCUAUUCAUUUUGUGGAACUAUCGAAUACAUGGCGCCCGAGGUGGUGAACCGGCGGGGUCACACGCAGAGUGCUGACUGGUGGUCCUUCGGUGUGCUCAUGUUCGAGAUGCUCACAGGGUCCCUGCCAUUCCAGGGGAAGGACAGGAAGGAAACAAUGGCCCUCAUCCUCAAAGCCAAGCUGGGAAUGCCACAGUUCCUCAGUAUGGAGGCACAGAGCCUGCUGAGGGCCCUUUUCAAGAGGAACCCCUGCAACCGGUUAGGUGCCGGCAUCGAUGGAGUGGAGGAGAUUAAGCGGCACCCUUUCUUUGUCACCAUAGACUGGAAUAAGCUGUACCGCAAGGAGAUCAAGCCGCCCUUCAAGCCAGCAGUGGGCAGGCCUGAGGAUACCUUCCACUUUGACCCCGAGUUUACUGCAAGGACGCCCACAGACUCCCCUGGUGUCCCCCCAAGUGCAAAUGCCCAUCACCUCUUCAGAGGAUUCAGCUUUGUGGCCUCCAGUCUGGUCCAGGAGCCCUCACAGCAGGAUGUGCCCAAGGCCCCCAUUCAUCCGAUUGUGCAGCAGUUACACGGGAACAAUAUCCACUUCACCGAUGGCUACGAGAUCAAGGAGGACAUCGGGGUGGGCUCCUACUCGGUGUGCAAGCGGUGUGUGCACAAAGCCACCGCUGCUGAGUAUGCUGUGAAGAUCAUUGACAAAAGCAAAAGGGAUCCCUCAGAAGAAAUCGAAAUCCUCCUGCGGUAUGGCCAGCACCCCAACAUCAUCACCCUAAAAGAUGUCUAUGAUGAUGGCAAGUAUGUUUACCUGGUGAUGGAGCUCAUGCGAGGCGGGGAGCUGCUGGACCGAAUCCUCCGUCAGCGGUGCUUCUCAGAGCGGGAGGCCAGUGACGUGCUGUACACCAUCGCCAGGACCAUGGACUACCUGCACUCCCAAGGGGUUGUUCAUCGGGACCUGAAACCAAGCAACAUUCUGUACAUGGACGAGUCUGGAAACCCCGAAUCCAUCCGCAUCUGUGACUUCGGGUUUGCCAAGCAGCUGCGAGCGGAGAAUGGGCUGCUCAUGACCCCCUGCUACACAGCGAACUUUGUGGCCCCUGAGGUCCUGAAGCGGCAAGGCUACGAUGCAGCGUGUGAUGUCUGGAGCUUGGGAAUCCUGCUGUACACCAUGCUGGCUGGGUUCACCCCUUUUGCCAAUGGGCCAGACGAUACCCCUGAGGAGAUUCUGGCGAGGAUUGGCAGUGGGAAGUAUGCCCUUUCGGGGGGGAACUGGGACUCCAUAUCUGAUGCGGCAAAGGAUGUUGUGUCCAAGAUGCUCCAUGUGGACCCACAGCAGCGCCUAACAGCGGUUCAAGUGUUGAAACACCCAUGGAUCGUGAACAGAGAGUACCUAUCCCAAAGCCAGCUGAGCAGACAGGAUGUCCAUCUGGUGAAGGGCGCCAUGGCAGCCACCUACUUUGCUCUGAACAGGACCCCACAGGCACCGAGGCUGGAGCCUGUGCUAUCAUCUAGCUUGGCUCAACGCAGAGGCAUGAAGAGACUCACAUCUACCAGGUUGUAGUGGCCGGCCACCUCCAGCAUCAGCCUCCCUGCCGGGCUCACGGAUGCCAGAUCCGGGUCCUGUUCACGGACACUUGAGUGACCCUGAGUCCAGCACAAAGAUGGAUCUGGCCUUGGCUGUCUCUCUGUCUCCUCGGAAGCCCUGGGGAGGGUCCUGCCCAGGAUGUCUGAGCCUUGCUGCGCCGACCUCGCCGCCUGCUCUCCUUUCCUCCUGAGUGAAACCAAAUAAACUUGUCACCUCAUAGCACCCUGCCGGAGCCUGUCUGGGCUCACUCAGGGCUCUUAGUCUUUUCAUGUCAUGGCUUAUGUUCACAGCAGAACACUUUUUACCAUUCUGAUGUCAGUUAAGUGCUCAGCCUCUCACCUAGGUGUUUCCCACUGUUGCUCUUAAGGAUGUUGGUGCAGGGUCCCUGCCAGGAGAUUGCAGGGCCUCCCUGGAAGAGCUGGAGACUCCUGGAUGUUCUGGUGACACCCAUGGCUGUGUGGCAACAUCCAGCUUAAUUGCCUGGUCCUGUCUAAAAUCACCCAAAGAGUGCCCCUCAACAUCCCCUGUUCACGAGUGAGAUGCUGGGUGGCCUCUCCCUGACUCUAUCUCCAGCUUGUCAGGAUGAAAACACCUAACCCAAGAGUCUAGAUGGCCGGGUCUGUCUGAGAGCCUGAUCUGUGGUGGUUGAGAGAGGAGUUCUGGGAAAAUGCCCACUGUACUGCUGCCCCAUCCCACCUCAAGCCCUCUGGCCCCAGGGACACUGGAGAGCAUGGGGCUCUGCCAUUGCCAGGUGUGUUGGCAGUGUUUGCCUGAGGCGGCAUAUUGUACUCACUCUCUGUUUCCUCCCCCAGCCCUUCUUUAGCCUGACUGAGGACAGGAGAGACACCUGAGCCCCGUGACCUCAGAGAGGCGGAAGGUGCCAGGCCAGGCUGUCAACAGGAGUGAUGUCCUUGGGGGAAGCCGUGGUUCUGUGUCUCGUAGCCCUGUGUUCCCAGGGUAUGGUCGGCACAGGGAGCAGCAGUAGUGGCUCCUGUCUGUGCACUCUUCAUGCCGGAUGGAGUGAGACGCUUGCUGCAUGGCGCGCUCCACUCAGCCUGGCCCUGGCAGAGGGGCUUGUGUGUCCUUCAGUCUCUCUGGGGGUGCCAAGGAUAACCCCAUGGUAGGCUCAGGUCAGAGGACACCCCACUGUGGCUCAGAACCUUCCAGGCUGAGGAGCGACCCCUCUGCCCAGUCGGUGUGGGAGGCACCUGUUAGUCAUGGCGAGCUUGCACUUGGAAGACCACAAAUGGGUCAUGGCCUCUUUUCCAACACCUGCCCCCAGUGGGACAUUUGGAACAUAAUUCCUUUGCUCAGUCUAAAUUAUUUCAGACCUCAAAAUGUAAACUUAUUUCACAAGCUUUAAUUACUCCCCUGGCCUCUGUUUUGUUUGAGAGUUAUAAAAUACAAAGAGCGGGAACAGACUGUGUGCCAUUUUCAUGGUGUCUCUAGAGAAGUUCCCGUAUUUCUCGAUGGAAAAAUGCUCUGCCCAAGGCUGAAAUCACAUCCCUGUUAAUAUUUUAGGUCUGAAUCCUUCCAUUUCCUAAUAGAAAUCUAGAGGGAAAGAAUAGUGGGUAGUCUUAGUGACAGAUUCUGUCCUCUUGGAAAUGAGGCGGAGCUCAGCCACCCUCCGAGGGCCUUUCUGGCAUGGAUCCACACGCCAGCUGCAUGCAGCCUUCGGGCUGGGUUUGUUUGCAGCUUCACGUUUACGAGUUUUGGUAAAGAGAACACAGAAGGCAUUGAUGAGGAGGUGACUAUAGCGUGUAACCCACAUGGUCACAUGGUCCCAUCACAUCCUUCUUCAUUAAUGCCAGGUUAUCUGCCUUACACUCAGCCCACUCUCGCCAAAGGGAUGGAGGAGACCGUCACCCCAAACUAUCCUUGAAGUGUCUGUGAAGCAUGUCACGUGUCUGUAGAGGAAGCUGGCUCAGCCCUGCUCUGCUAAGAGUAUAAAUACCUCGAUGUCCCCACCUUCUCCCAGUACAUAUACUUGAAAUCUCCCCUAGAGCCGGCCUGGAGAGCAUGUGGUGGGAUUAUUUUAAUCCCUGUUCUUUAAAGUCUUCAGUGCAACAAGCAGGCGGUUGUGGCAUGUGACCCCAGUGCUCUAGUGUCUACCUUGCCUGUCCUGUGAACCCUUUACCCAACACGAUGAAAGGUCCUCUGCCCGCAGAAGCCCACUGUCAACCACCUGUUUGGGUCAUGGAAACUACAGAAUUUGUCAUGGGAAACCCCAGCCUACGUCACAGGCCUCCCUAACCCUAAAAAUGGUCACUUUUAGGCCAUCCCACUGGCAGCUCCUGUCCGGUUUGGGAUGAGAACAAGAUGAAUGCCCAAUGAAAGGAUGGGGGGCUCGUCAGAUUCUCCACCCUUAAGUCAGUGGCGGGCAAGCCAUGAGCAUCCCUGUCCCCUGUUGGAAUGUGUGUGUUCUUAAACUACCUGUAUGCACUGACCUUUGGAUACUGUUCGGCUUUCUAAGUGAGGAUCGUGUCUGAUAGUAUCUAAUGUUGCAGUAUUGUGUAUUAAACUGUGUUCUUCCCUCAAGAUGCCCCUUGGGAUUUCCCCUGCAUUGUACCGCUUCUCUCAAGCACAGGAGGGACUAUGCCUCGACUCUUCAUUCUCUCUGGCAUGUUUUGUCACCCUCCACCACCUGCAAGACUGUGAGAUGGCUGGAGUGGAAAAGGACUCUAGUCCCUGUGCGGCGGGGACAGGUGGGAGGCGAGGCCAGCCUGGCUCCUCCGUGCAGGUGGGAGGCACGGGUCCACCCUGCUCCUGCCCCACGCUGCGUUGACACGCUCGGCAGCCACGUUUACAGCUCACUCCACGUUCACGCUUCCUGUCUGUGUUUGAGACGGGCGGCCACUGUACAGAUAUUUAUUAAGCUUUCCAGACUUUCCCAGGAGAUUUUUUUGAAUAAACAUGGAUUUUAUGAAGUGUAA